UUGCUUGAGGCCUAGGGGCUCUAAUCCAACUUUGCUCUCAAAUCCCUCUGCAAUUUUUGUGAUUUUUACAGUUCCGUUGUUUAGCCUGCCCAAACAAAGGCUGAGGGAGGAUCUGUUUGCACUCCGUGAAUGCACCGGGGGGUUAACCCCUGGGAGGGAGAAGAACUACUGAAGCUAAAGGACAGUGUUGGCACAAGAGCAGAUGGGGUUAACUGGCCAGGAAUCGAUGGGGCUGGCAAUGGGAAGAAGGUUUCUGCCCAUCAGAGGAGGAAGGUUCUGAAACAGCCUCCCCAUAGGAGCAGUGGGGAGCAAACACCCCAACUAGUUUGAAGAUGGAGCUGGAUAAGUUUCAGAUGGGGCUCCCUGCGCUAGCAGGCCCUGGAGGCCAUGACCCAAGAGGUACCUUCAGUCUUCUGUCCAGGAAUAAAGUGUAAAGCACCUGUAUAGUGGGUAUAACUGCAUCCACACUAGCGGCUGUGCUGCUCUAGCUAUACCAGUGUAGUUAGUGGUUCAUAGAGUGCAAGGCCCGAAGGGACCAUGAGAUCCUCUAGUCUGAGCUGUAUAGAACAGGCCCAGGCAUUUCACCCACUUCUCCCUGUAUUUAGCCCAUUUGCUCAUAACUGACUCAAGCUUCUUCCAGAAAGGCCAUCGUUGUUGAGAUGGAGAAUCCAUUGCUUGGCUGGGGAGUUUGUGACAAUGCUUAAUCCCUGGGGCUGUUAAAAAUCAAUUCCUUUAGUUAAAGCAACACAGCUUUUGUGUGUCAACAAGACCCUCAAAUCUUAGCUGCUAGUUGUGCCAAACUUUUGUGGACAGAAGCGUGGCCAUUUAGAAGCUGACGGUGCCGCCUUAAUAUCUGUAAUGCAUGUUGUAGCAAAAGCAUCAUGGAUUCGCCUAAUGGAGUUAAUUGUUUGGCAUAUGAUGAAGCCAUCAUGGCUCAGCAGGAUCGCAUCCAGCAGGAGAUCGCCGUCCAGAACCCCCUGGUGUCAGACAGACUGGAGCUGUCAGUUCUGUACAAGGAGUACGCGGAGGAUGAUCACAUCUAUCAACAGAAGAUCAAGGACCUGCUCAAAAAGUACUCAUACAUCCGGAAGACGCGGCCCGACGGCAACUGCUUCUACCGGGCGUUUGGCUUCUCGCACCUGGAGGCCCUACUGGAGGACAGCAAGGAGCUACAACGGUUCAAGGAGAUCUCUGCCAAAAGCAAGGAGGACCUGGUGUCCCAGGGCUUCACAGAGUUCACAAUUGAGGAUUUCCAUAACACGUUCAUGGACCUGAUAGAGCAAGUGGAAAAGCAGAUCACGGUCUCCGAACUCCUGGCCUCCUUCAACGAUCAGAGCACCUCUGACUAUCUGGUGGUGUACCUGAGACUGCUGACCUCCGGCUACCUACAGCGUGAGAGCAAGUUCUUCGAACACUUCAUCGAAGGAGGCCGCAGCAUCAAGGAGUUCUGCCAGCAGGAGGUGGAACCCAUGUGCAAAGAGAGCGACCACAUCCACAUCAUUGCCCUGGCUCAGGCCCUGAAUGUGUCUAUCCUGGUGGAGUACAUGGACCGGGGCGAGGGUGGAGGCACUAACCCCCACGUCUUUCCAGAGGGCUCGGAGCCCAAGGUGUAUCUACUGUACAGACCGGGACACUAUGACAUCCUGUAUAAAUAGGUGCCGGCCAGCUGCCUCUGCUCCCUCCCCACAGGUGUCCCGUGGCCCCCCCAUCUCCCUACCAGCAGUCUCUGUGGUUGUAAAUGGUAAUCUCGCGCGCUGCUCGCUCUCUCUGUUUUCCGUUGUUACACUUGCCCGUCUGUGUUUUAUUAAAGGGGAUGCUGGUGAAUGGA